UAACGCUGCAUUUUGAGAUGGGACAGUACACUCAAUGUUCAUGCACUGCAGUUAAUUGCUUAAACCAGCGGAUUUAGAAUGUGAAUUCCAAACCUAAUACGCGUGGGAAUUGUGUCAGGGGCGUCAUUUUUAACUUUUUAUCCUAGCAGUACGUGCAGAUUUCCAGUAUCGCGGACAUGGAUACAAACGGGUAGAGAAGGCAGAUGCAACCUCUUUUUUUGGAUUGCCCUCAUCGUGCCUAAUUUCCUCAGCAGCGCUUAUGUACCGCGCUGAAUUGGUAUCUGCAGUACAACGUCUCACUGCACAAGUAUAUUCUGUAAUUUCUAACGCAAAUCUGACAUAUAAUGUAUUUACUGCGAAGUUGGCGCUAUGAAUGAUUGCCACUACAGUUUGAAGCUUGCCCGGUUUCCACGGCAGAUUUGAAAAUUUGUAUUUCCGGUGCCAUUAAGAAAACAAUUGGGCGCUGCCAACAUACAAGCAACUCAGCGGCUGCGCGAUCGAUUACGCAUGUGUCAGCUGUGAUGUUACUAGAGCCAACAAUCCAGAACUAGGCGCUUGCCUGAUAUUUCUCUGUAGGCGGUUACCUGCAGCACCUAGAGCGGUUGGCACCGGCACGCAGGAACUCGUGACGAUCAGAAUUCAGAACACCAAAAACCCGAGUUAGGAUGGAAGGUGACUGGUUUGAAGACGACCCCUUCUCAGUUGCAGGCAGUGCUGUGUUAACAACCGAUGAAGUGCGACAUCGCUCGGAAACUCAGAACUAUCGACCAUUCACAGCAAUCUGCCGUCCGCUUCGUGUCGUGAAACAAUUUUGUCCGAAGCUCUUUUACGGAUGUCUGGGAGAUGAAACAUCCUUCCGGAGCAAGCAGAAGAAGACCAUCAGCCGCAGCGAUUUGUUUGGGCUACGUGUACUGUCGGAUAUUUACGGGUAUUUGGAGCGUUAUCUGAUUCCACCGGAUGCGUUUGAGGAAGUCGGGUACAAGGUCGUCCGCAACAUGGGACCUGCGGCAGUAGGCGAAUUCGCUUGGUUUGUGGCACGCAAUAAUGGAAAUCCCGCCAGUGUGUGCGAACUCGCAUUGAACCCCAGCAUCAAUGCCUCGGAAGCGAAGUCGCUUAGCAAUGACGAGUAUCUGUCUAGCUGGUAUGCAUCAUUGCUGGAAGCGGAAAAAAUGAACAUCAUCGGCCCCCUUUUUCGCCUUGCUGGGCUUCCAGGGGUGGUGAAAGUGGCUGGGAAUGAUCUGUGCUAUCGUCUCGAUCCCAACAGUUGGAAUACAACAAUGUUUAUUCCCAACGUUGACACUGCAAGCCUGACGCCAUUUGAGCGGGCCAUAAAAAUCGUCGGCCGUUAUUCUAAGCUGCAGGAAGGGCGAGUCCAUCACGCCGGAGAAAAGCGAUAUCGCUGUCCGUUCUUUUAUAAAGUGGCCCGCAAUCAGUUCCCCGGGAACUACCGCGGCAAGGAGAACCGGGGAGAUUGCGACAACUUUUAUACGGUCAACGGUCUAAACCAGCAUUUGGGCGACGAGCAUGGGACAGCGGAGAACUUGUUCAAUGACUGUGAAAUCUGCGGGCAACCUUGGAUUCUCCGCGGUCAGUCCUCAUGUGAUGUUGAAUGCUAUUUAGCUGACCACGCGAUCAAUUGUUUUGCGUCGGGGCGCGAUCAUUUCGCUGGAUGGGAUGGUCGAAAGGAACGUUCGGUGAAUUUUGGGGCAGGGUUGCAUCAAGUGAUUCCCGUUUUGAGUGCGGAGUCGCGUCGGAUUCUUCGUGGAUGGAAACUCGAGUAUCAGCGUUCGGGCAUUAAAGUGUACGGGUCGGCGAAAAGUUUCUUCCUCACUUUCGUCGUGGAUUAGGCGUUGUCGCUUUCGUAUCUCCAUGUGAACAAAUAGUUUUGUUGUGCUUUGAUGAUGGUUAUAGUCUGAUGUGAAUCUUGCAUUGUGUUUUGUUGCUUUAUGGAAUGAGUUCCUUUACUCUUUAUGAUCUUUUGUUCAGAGGGAUGCAUUGUUGCACGUGCGUUAUUGAUUGCCUACAUAUUCCGUUUACUGGUGUGCAGUGUGCACUGUUGUUGAUCUAUAGUGAUGUUGUCUUCCGUUAGCGAUGGAUUACUGAUUACUUUCUCAAUAUCCUGGCUGUGAAAAAAUCUGAGCAGUA